AUGGCAACGAUGAAAGAGAACGAAGUGAAUCUUGGAAAGAGUAGAAUGUCCAUGGCAGAAGGUGAGUUCCAAGUAGCAAGGUGUGUCAAGAGAAGACGAAGAGAGGCUGCUGCAGAAAAUAGUGGUGAUCAUAAUCAUCAGCAGCAGCUGCCACAAGUUGGUGAAAAUUCUACAAUCAACACUACAAAAAGAAGCUCAAAAUUUCGUGGUGUUAGCAGACAUAGAUGGACGGGUCGAUUUGAAGCUCACUUGUGGGACAAGCUCUCUUGGAACAUAACACAAAAGAAGAAAGGAAAGCAAGGGGCUUAUGAUGAGGAAGAAUCUGCUGCCAGAGCAUAUGAUUUAGCUGCACUUAAAUAUUGGGGAACAUCCACUUUCACCAAUUUUCCGAUAUCAGAUUAUGAGAAAGAGGUAGAAAUAAUGCAGACUAUGACCAAAGAGGAGUACUUGGCCACUUUAAGGAGAAAGAGCAGUGGCUUUUCAAGAGGGGUGUCAAAGUAUAGGGGUGUUGCAAGGCACCACCACAAUGGUAGAUGGGAAGCAAGGAUAGGAAGGGUUUUUGGAAACAAAUAUCUCUAUCUUGGCACCUACAGCACCCAAGAGGAAGCUGCACGUGCUUAUGACAUAGCAGCCAUUGAGUACAGAGGGAUUCAUGCUGUAACAAACUUUGAUUUGAGCACUUACAUCAAAUGGUUAAAGCCUGCAGGAACAAGCACCACAGAAACAAAACUUGAAUCACAGGCAGCACUAGAAUCUCAAACAGUUGCAUCCCCAUCUAACUAUGCUCCAAUAGAAGAGUCAAAAUCUUUGACCCUUCACACCAGUUUUUUCAGUCCAGAUACCAUAAAUUCCCCUGUAAAGCAAGAAAACUUUGGAAACAACGCCUACCAAUUCUCGAGCAAUAAGUCAUCUUCUCCCACUGCUCUUGGCCUUCUUCUCCGCUCUUCGUUGUUUAGAGAAUUGGUUGAAAAGAAUUCAAAUGUAGGCGGAGUCAGCGGAGAUGAAGCUGAUGGAGAAGUCACAAAGGAUCAACAGGCACAACUAGCUAGUGAUGAUGAUCUGGGUGGAAUAUUCUAUGAUAGCAUUGGUGAUAUCCCAUUUGUCUGCGAUCCUAAUAGAUACAACUUGGAAUUGGAAGAAAGAGACCUGCACUCAAUAUUUUGA